AUGGCAAAGAGUUCUCGGUCGAGCAGCAAAAAGUUCAACAACCAGCGCAAGGCUGCCAGCAUCUUCGGGCCCGCAGAACUUGCCAGACAAGAGCGUCUGUCGGCCAAGCUGCUCGAGCUGGCAAAGCAGGCCAAGCCCGAGCCUGCGGAGAUGAAGAUUGAUGAAGACGAGGGCGACAAUGCGCAAGAGAGAGACGAGCAGGCUGCAGAUGAGACCUCCAUGGAUGUGGACUCAAAGAAGCCGAGCAGACCGCAAAGCACCAAGAAGCGCAUCGAGAAGAAGCGGAAGAAGUCGAGCAUCACGUUCCCCAAGUACAGCGACAGACUAGCCGCCAGGAAGAAGAAGAAUGCGCCGAAGAAG